AUGGCCUCUCCAGCCCCCUGCCCUGUCUUGGCUGAGCGGGCGGAUAUUCAUAAGUCCUGCAAAUCCAUCGAAACUUUGCUAAAUACUUUGAAUGAAUAUUGCGAAGCUGCCGGGGCCGUGGUAGCGCUACAAAAGAAACUCGCAAAAGCCCUAAGAGAUACUGCAGCGCACAAGGUUACUGGAGAGAUAUCAGCAAAUGCCAUGAAUGCUAGUGCAAGCAUCUAUGAUUCAUUGUCAGAUAUAGACUCCAAGUUCUCCAGAAUUGCAGACAAGGAGUACGAUCUAAUCAGCGCAGAAGUGAAGAAGUGGUUUAAGAAACUUGCUAAGGAAGAAAAAGCCCACGACGAACGAAUCUCAAAUGCAAACGCAAAGAUCAAACAAGCAGGACAAACUUACGAGAAAAAGUCCAAAAAGAAGACGACUGACGCUGGAGAGGAACAUGCACGGUAUAUCAAUUUAAUCAGCACAUUGGGCCCUGAAGUCUCACAGGAGAAAUACAACCACGCGCUUAACGUUACUCAAAAACACCUCGCAAUUACUUAUAACGUUGCCGCGAGCCUUUCUCGACUGGCAGAUACAGAAUGGCAAAAGUCUUGCGAAUGUAUUCGCAAGUUCUCUCCUGCGAUUGGUCCUCUUGGCCAAUGGCGAGCACUAUGCGAAGGAGGGUGGACUGGACCCAUUCCAGGAGAUUUGCCAGAUACAAAAGAUUCUAACGACGCAGUAGAAUCUGAGAAAGAGCCUACCAACUCGACAGAUCUGAAAUUGAAGCUUGGAGAAGAUAUACGACAACCUCAGCAAGUGGCUUCAUUGAGUCCUGAACCUCGCAUUCCACCCCCAGGAUAUUCGACUGGUCCUCCUUCUGCUUCCGCUAGUUCCAAUGAUCUGCUGAGAGAGCAAACGGCCCAGCAAAAUUCUCCCAAACUUUCUAGACAGCAAUAUUCCACCUCAAGCCAUAAUACCCCUGCGCAAUCAGGUACCGCAGCACCCACCACAUCGGAAGCUUUGGAGCCACCAAAACUCCCAUUUGUGGACACAGUUACAGGGUCUGUUCGCUCUCUGUCUGCUUUUCCGGUGCCUCCGAACCACUUCCCAAUUCCUCCCCCUCGAAGCCAGAAUUCAUCUCAGUUCCUCUCGUCGGUUGCUUCUUCCUCGAAUCUAGAUAUUCCAUCCGAAAGCCAAUUUCCAGAUUCUCCUGUCUCUGCAAACGAGCACCCUUCUAGCCCUGGAAUUCUUGAAGAAUUAUAUUCUAGAGCCAAUAAACACGGCUCUCUUGAUUCUCCUGUUUCUCCUCCAUCUCCUGAAAUCAAGUACAGGGAUCGGCCUCGCAUGACCGACGGAACAACUCGCGAACAAUAUAUUGACGCCAAUGGGCAGGAUAUACAACAACCUAUACCGUCAAGGCCACAGACAACUUUCUCUAUUGAACUAAUCAAUGAAAGCAGUCGAGACAAGCCUACACUGCGUCGCGAAGUACGGCACGUACCAUCUUCCUCUGCCGACUUGAAAUAUAGGAACGCUGAGCCACCGAGACGACGUAGUUUGGAUCAAGAAAGCCAGGGACUCGAAGCUGGGACCAGGACAGAAGAUGGUAAGGUACGAACGACUUCGAACGCAAAACACCCGCGGCUCGAAAGAAUGGACACAGGAGAAAGCAGGGGUAGUAUCGUUGCAGAAAUGCGUAAUAGAUAUUCCAGUAACCCUGAGUCAGCAUCUCCUCCGCCCAGAGAUGUUCCCCGACUGCCUCUCAGCGUCAAUGACCUGGCCACUCGGUAUCAAGCCACAGAUGCACCACUUUCGCCUCGACACAAGGCUGCAUUACCGCCUGUCUUGCGUCAACAAUCUUUACCUCUCCUAGAGACUACUGCUCACCAAGUUAAAGAAUCGUACCAAGACCGUUCAUCUGGACAAAGCCAGUCCAAGCAAGAGCAAGAUAAACGAAGGCAACUACGAUAUGAUGACAAGGCAGAGGCUGAGCGUAAAGCAAAGGAGCAAUCGUUGAGAGAGCGUGAGCGAGAGCUUGAAAUUCGUGCCCGAGAAUUGGAAAGGGAUCGCGCUCGACUUCAGACACUCCUCGAAGAUGAUAGACGGUCCAGCCCAAAUGUCUACCGUGAAGGAAGUAACAGUGGUCAAGCGCAAUCUACACAAUUUGGCCUGCGACCCAGAGAACGCCGUACAUCGCUUCGACACCAAUUGCAGCGGCCUUUGUCUCAAAUGGAUCUUGAAGACCUAGGGGAACUCACCCCAAGAGCUCCUUCGGGUGCUGGAAUCACCAGCACCAAUCGCCAACAUUCUGACAGCGCGAAGCACAUGGCUCUUCAUUCCUCUUCUGGUGUUGAUCUCCCUCUUUCACCUACACGACCCCUUCAUUCACCUAAAGCUGCUCAAAAUGCACCUCGUGCAUAUGACCUAUACCCGAGCAAUAGUGCAGGAUCGAAUUCCAACACAAGUAGUUACGAGAGUGCUACAUCUCAUGCGUCAUACUGUGGCUGUGAAACGUGCUCUGUCAAUAAGUACAAGUACUCUGGUUCAAGCACACCCAAGCAACAAUCCAACAAUGCCAAAUCCGAGAAGCCCACGAGGAGUAGUUGGAUUCGCCGCCUGAGCAUGCCAGUUGGCAACGCUUUCAGCCUUGACUCGAAGCGGCAUCAAAACAGUAACAGCACAGGAAAUAUUUAUGGACUGGGAAGCGGGGUCGAGAAUGUACCUACUGGCCCUAGUCGAGGCCUUUUCUUUAUGGACGGAAAGAAGAAUGCGAGUACGACUGCCUUGUUGUCAUCCAGCACCAGUGGAGAAAGUGGUCUUGCUGUGCAGGAAGAUGGCCGCCUGCGUCAUGGUAGGAGAAGCCUUGAAACUAGCGGUGGAAACAAUAAUCGCAGCAUGACUAACUUGGGCAACCUGGGACUACGAUAA